GCAGGGGAGUUGGAUUAGAUGACCUUUAAAGGUCCCUUCUAACUCAAACAAUUCUAUGAAAAGCCAUAUGCUUAGCUCUGAAGGCUGCUUUGGAGAAAAUAAGAAAACAGAGGGGAACUGAAGAUGCCACUUCCACUCCAUCUGUAUCUUUUGAAUUAAAACUUCACUGGACUGUAAAAUACUCACAAGUCCUGGCAGAGGCUCACUUUCAAAUUUAUAAGAAACUGGAAACACAGGACUUUGUACGAGGCCUGUUCCAAAGAAUCAUAGGAGUUGGAAGAGAGCUCGAGAGAUCAGCUAGUCCAACCCCCUGCUAAGGCAGAUUCUCUAGAGUGCUUUGUACAGUUUCCGAAAGCGUCCAGGCGGAUUUUGAAUUUUUCCAGAGAAGACUUCACAACCAUUCCGGGCAGCUUGUUCCAGUGCUCUGUCACCCUCAAAGUACCUCCUGCAGGAAGAUAAAGGAAGAAUAGAAUAAUAAAGUGCCAUGUCUUCAGUCUCAGCUUAUUACAAUGGAAAGACUGUACUUAUCACAGGAGCUACAGGUUUCAUGGGCAAAGUGCUGGUGGAAAAGCUUCUGCGCUCCAGCCCUGACGUGAAAGCAGUUUAUAUACUUGUAAGACCAAAAGCUGGACAAUCAAUGCAAGAGAGAGUGGCCAACAUGUUGAAAUGCAAGGUCUUUGACAGGGUUCGAGAAGAUUGCCCUAAUUUCCAUGAGAAGAUUAAGCCUAUUAAUGCUGAACUCACUCAACCCAAGUUGGCCAUCAGUGCUGAAGAUGAGGAGGAGCUUCUGACCCGGGUCAAUAUUGUCUUCCACUGUGCAGCAACAGUACGCUUUGAUGAACCCCUAAAACAUGCCUUGCAACUGAAUGCAAUGGGCACACAGAGGCUUCUAGAACUGGCCCAGCAGAUGCAGAAGCUGGAAGCCUUCAUCCACAUCUCCACUGCCUAUGCAAACUGUGUGCGUAAAUGCAUAGAUGAAAUCGUCUACCCGCCUCCAGCUGAACCCAAGAAGCUUUUUGAUUUAGUAGAGUGGUUGGAUGAAUCUAUCAUUCAAGACAUCACGCCCAAGCUGCUUGGGGACUGGCCCAACACUUACACCUACACCAAAGCCUUGUCAGAAUACCUAAUUCAGCAAGAGAAAGGAAACUUGAACAUCGCUAUUAUCAGGCCAUCCAUCGUGGGAGCUAGUUGGCAUGAGCCUUUUCCAGGUUGGAUUGACAGCUUCAAUGGGACAAGUGGAAUAUUUGUUGCGGCGGGAAAGGGGAUUCUAAGGACCGUCAUUGCUAACAACGAAGCGGUGGCUGAUAUGAUUCCAGUUGACGUUGUCAUCAACCUCACCCUUGCGGCUGGGUGGUACACUGCUGUGCACAGACCAAAAAACAUGUUGGUGUACAACUGUACAACAGGUGGAAUCAAUCCUUUCUUCUGGGGAGAAAUGGAGCAGUAUGUCAUGUCCACAUUCAAAAGAAACCCACUGGAACAGGCCUUCAGAACACCCAACGCUCACUUGACAUCCAACUACUUGAUAAACCAGUACUGGAUAACUGUUAGUCACAAGGCUCCUGCCAUACUCUAUGACCUGUACAUGAGGCUCACAGGAAGAAAGCCCAGAAUGAUGAAGAUCAUCAAUCGACUGCAUAAGUCCAUGAUGCUCCUGCAGUAUUUCUCCACCCAGUCCUGGGAUUGGUCUUCAGAUAAUAUGAAUAUGUUAAUGGGUCAGCUUAACACAGAGGACAAAAAGUUAUACAACUUUGAUGUUCGUCAACUGCAUUGGUCAGAAUACAUUGAAAGCUACUGCCUAGGUGCUAAGAAGUAUUUGCUAAAUGAGGACAUGUCUGGCAUCCCUGCAGCAAAGCAGCACUUACGAAAACUGAGGAAUAUCCGAUAUGCAUUUAACACCACCCUCCUUGUGAUCAUCUGGCGCAUUUUCAUCGCAAGGUCACAGAUGGCUCGAAACAUCUGGUACUUUGUGGUGAGCCUUUGCUACAAGUUCCUUUCCUACUUCAGGGCAUCCAGCACCCUCAGGCACUGAAGCUGUCCAUCAACAACCAGCCUCUUCCAGAAGGACCUCCAAUCCUCUCUAACCAGCAACUAUGGGCAUCAGAGUCUGAAAGCAGCAGAAAAAUCCACUCCCUCCAACUGCAACCUGCAUCUAUUGUGCACAGAUAUAUGUUCACCUUUUUAGUUUGAACCAGUGCUUUAAUACGUGGUGGUAUUUAUUCCGUAGGACCGGACUGAUUUUUAAAACCAUAAAGCUUUAGGAACAGAUGAAGAUGAAAUCUUUUACCGAGAGUUCAGGGUGCAAGAGUAAAGAUUAACCAAAGUUGCAGUCUUCCCAUGUGCUACCUGUUUUAGAUUAUUUUAAUCCCAUCCUCCUCCAGAAAAGAGGCAAAUUGAAAGCACAGAACCUUGGAAGAAAAUAAUGCCAUCAGAGAAGAACCAGUCAAGGAAAUUAACCUUUAAGAGGACUUCCUAAAGAGGCUAUUUAUCCUUUAUUAUCAUUCAGAAAUUUUACAUUUUCUAUUUUUCAAAACCUAGAGGGAAAAAAAAAAACAAACAGUUACACUAGGCCAGUGAUCACACUGAACAGUUUUCAGAUCUUGUCUUAUAUUGCUACGGAGGACUGAUACUUUCAAGCCACAACUGAAGACACAAGGAGAAUUCAUGUACCUAUGCUAACUGUACUCACUCACAUGCUGCUUUCUUAUGGAGAGGCAUUUUUUCUCUCAUUGGUUAAGGUUGCAGCUAUCUUCCAUUAAACAGCCUUGAUCUUGCAUUUAUCACUUUUGCUUGAACAUUUAUUCAGCUUGAAAAAUGCUCUACUUACUCUGAGGAUAAAGAGAAGAAUACCUAAAAGAUUGAAGAAACAUUCAGAAACUCAUUAUUAUUUUUGAGAAGUAGGUCCUUUUCUCCAUUCCAUUUGCCUCCCUGUAGCUCAAAAACAAACUGAUACUGCCCUUCAGGAUCUCACUACAGCUGAAUCACUUUGCAGUUGAUCACUUCAACUGGUGAAAAAUAUGUAUAGACAUGUAUGGAGGGAAUCUUACCAAUCAGGACAAUUCUGCUACCACUUGUCAGGAGAGUCUGAAACUUAUUUCUGUUGAGGUUAAGAAAGGUUUCAAAGGUUGACUUCUGUGUAAAAAUCGUCAUGUGCUCAGAAAGUAAUGUUUUUUAAUAUAAAUAAUUAAAAAAAUAAUUAAAUUUAAUAUAAUAAUUCUGCAGUUUAGAAAGGAAUUCAAGGAUCUUACUAAAGCUUAUGGCCAUUGGAGAUAUUUGUUUCACCUAGUGAACUAUGAAUUCCCCUGGGAAGACCAGAGAAAGAGAGAGCUUUCUUCAAAGUAGCUGGUGCAAUGACAGCCUUAGUGCAACAAAUUUAGUCAUGCUAUCAGAUUUACAAAAUCAAAAGUAAUACUGGAAUAUAUUUUAUUCAGAUUACACUGAAUAAGCAUGUUAAGAUUAUGAGACUUUAAAACAGCUGGUUUUUGAAACAAUUGCAGAAUCCAGUUUGUCUAGACUUGUGUCACAUUAGCUGUCUUAAUGCUACAUCGCAAAAAAUGACAUAGUGGCUCUUUUGAGAGCUGAGAAUAGUAUUUACAAAGCUGGCAUUCUUUAAAAGGUAUACUUGGUUGUGGUAGCAAAGGCAAGAGAAAGUUAUGAAGACAAUGUAUUUUUAUUUGGGCAUCCAAACUGAUUCAGAUUUGUAAAGAUACAAGGAAUUAAACUCAUGCUUGUAUGCCCCAUGGAUCUAAUUUUAAGCAACUGCCGAAUGAUGCCCACAGCAUACCCUAACCAGAAACCUGGUAGCCAAAACAGCAGGACUCCAGCAUUCCCUAGCAAAGGCUCCUAUUACAUUACUUGUGAUCUGUGUUCAAUUAGGUUUAGCACACAGUUUACAAAGAUGCAAUUUUUUUUUUAAGCUCUUGACUUGAAAACAUGCUUUCUAAAUGAAACUGUACUAGUUGUUAGCUAUCUGUUUUCCAGUGCCAGAAAGUUGGCAGCGCAUUCUGUGCAUUGUGCUAAUGUAAGAUGUCACGGCCUGGAAGACCAGGUUUACAAGCUGGCAUCCAGAUAUUUUAUGUAUGCUUCUUCUGUAGCAGUGUAUAUGGUGAAAGUCAGCUGCAUUGUACUUGACUAACUGGGACUAUGGUUACCUUAGUAAAGUGAGGCACGUCACCAUAGGGAUGCCUCUAGAAAGACUGCAUUCCCUCAAGUAAAUAAUCAGAUCAUCAGCCAGCUUCCAGUCUUCUUAUAUGAAAGGCUUAAAACAAAACAAAACAAAACUGCAGACUGUUUAGAAACAAAAUUCAUUUAAAAAAAAUGACGUAAGAAUUCCAGCUCAUCUCCAAGAAGUCUCUUUAAGUGCCUGACUUACAUAGAAAGAGAAGCAAUAGCUAAGGGGAUUGUAGAUCUUAAGCUGUACACAUUGUAAGGAAAUACUGAGUCUCACAGAAAAGUCAAAUACUGCAGAUGUGCUACACCUACAACAGUGUAUAUAGACUAGACAUACUAUUGUUUAGCUAUGAGUAAAGUUUGCUGCCUUCCCUUCACCAAUGCUAGUCAUGCCAUGCAUCCUUCAAAUAUGCCUGUAGGCAUUCAUAGUUAUUUGCACAGUCUGUAUUGUUCCAACAAGUCUGAUAUGUACCUGCUCACGAUGAGUAUGUUUGGACUUGAUUUCUGCAUGUGUAAAAGGACACUUCAGGCUUCACUCAGAACAUUGGUGGUAUCACAUUCUAAAGCACGUCAGCAUUUUGCUGAAGGUAACAGCCACUGCAAAGCUACUACUCAUCCUUGAAAAACAACUGGGAUGUUACAGAAAUAUUGCAAUUGCAGAUGGCAUAUGCUAUUCUGGAGACCUUUCAUUCCCUAUGCAACAUUGCCAGAAGCUGGUUCCAGUGCUCUGGCCUUAGCCUGUGGGGGAGACCAAGCUGUUAGCUUGUCUUUACACAGACAUAACACAUGUGAAACUUGAAUCUUUUUUCACCUUUUUCAGGUGAUUAUCAGAACCACAACAGGAGAGAAACCAUAGAAAAACCCCAGUGGAGAAACUGACACAUGGCAAUGGUAUUUAUCUGCCAUUUCUGACAGUAAUCAUGGAAAGCUGGACCUCACAAAAGAAUUUUUUCUCACCUCAAGCUAUGACUUAGACAUGUUUUACUUUGUGCUUCUCAGUGUACUUAAACGUACUCUGAAGAAAUCCAAGUCUUGGAGAAAAUAUAAAAAAUGCCGAGUGACAGCUUUUUUCUUUUCUUAUUCCAUGUCUAUCUCUCUUUCGUGUAUACUCACAAUCUUUUCUCAAAAGAAAAGCAAGCUAAGGCUCUUGUUCAGUUAAAUCAGAGGUCCGGUGAUGACCUCUGAUUCGUGCUCAAAUUAAUGUGAACAAUUCAGGAAUGUAUGCUACUCAUUGCUGAAGGCUAGAUUUUUUACUACCUGUAUGACUGAAACAGGACUCACUCAGGCUUUUAUUUUUGUUUUCGUCUAUAGAGGUAGCAUGGUCAGUGCUAUAGGGAGAAGCUACAAGGGGCAUUUCUACAGCUUGUGCUCAUACCAGGAUUGCUAGAUAUAGCACAUCCAGCUCAAAGAGGAAAGGGAGAUGCAAGAAAUCAGAGAAGCAUGAGCUGCCAAACCUAGAGGACUCUGCCUCCCAAGGGGCAGGGGAAGAGCUCCAUCAGCAUUUUGUGAUCAGUUUGAUUUCUUCUAAUAAGAUGGAUAAAUUAAAAGGCUCCCCAACAACCUGUUCAGUUCUUUCCCAAACAACCAACAGGCAGCACAGAGAACAGUAUUAGCAGUCAUUCUGCAUAGCCACAGAAGAAAAUAUCUGCCACAAGACUGUAACAAGAUUGUCUGUGACUGUUUGUACCCUAUGAACUAGCAGUGUAGCUACCCACUCACAAUGUUGGAAGCCUGCAGUGCUGCUACAGAAAUAGCAUGGAUGACUGUUGGACCCAGUGUACUCAUGUCCUGUUAAUACUCCAUGUAAACACUAUUUCUGUAGGCUAUAGCUGUAUGAAAGCAAUGAAACACUGACUAUCAUUUCAUUGUCGAAGAACAAUGAAUAUAAGCUUGGAAUUAAGAAGUAUCUGUGUUUUUUAUUAAAUUGCUGUAACAACAACAACAAAUCCCUAAAAUGAAUCAGAGUUGAAACUGCUAUUUUACUGACAACCAGCAUGUCUGCUAUAAAAAAUAAAAUUUCUCUCCUCCAUCCUCUUUCACCCCAAUAACUUUGUUAAGAAAACUACAUUAUUUCUUGGUAGAAGAAAUGGGUAACAGACAUACUGAUACUCAACUUUCUGUUGGCACAUUGCCCGCCUCCUCAAUGGAUUUAUUUUACAUUUUCCAAGAAAGCAUAAUUAUAGCUGUCUGUGUGCAUGUUUACAUCUUUCAGCACAAGUCUUCUCAUACAACAUACAGAGAGGGUAACACAGAGGAGUUUAUACUGAAAUAACAGGCCACACUUCUUUUGUGUGCUCUGUUCUAAAUCAGUUUAAGAUGCAAGAAGCAAGAAAACCUAUCAUAGUUUCAAAUGCAAAGAAAACCUAACCUGUAGUACUAUUAAAUAAUCAAAUAAUUAUAAUGAAUGAGCAAUUGGGAAAGGGAUGUGGAGAGGGCAUUCUUUUAUUUGUAAAUAAGCUACAGCUUCUUGGUUGAAAGCAUGGUGUUGCUCUUCCAGCAAUGACAUACUACUGCAGAAAGCAAAGGUGGAUUUUUAAAUUUUUAUCACAAUUAGAUCUUUUGUUCUAGUACAGAGUAAGUAAUAUACCAUAUAUUCACCAUAAAUUAAAAGGAUGAAUAUUUCACUGUAUGGUGCUAAAUAUUGGUAUGAAGGUGAUACGGACUUACUUGAGACAAUUAAAAAAAAUGUAUUUGGGGAAUAAUUAAUUACUAUCCCACUUUAUUGCUAAAAAUUCAACUAUGAUUUGAAUUAUUUUGUUCAGAUUAACAUGAAGUUGCUUACAAAAAGUUUGUUGUUCUUACAUAAUCUUGGCAGACUCCAGUUUUACUUAGUAAAACAAAUAUUCUCCUGCUGUCCAAAGUUUAUAUGGUUCUAUCUGCUAUUUCUAUUCUCUUGUUAGCUAUGAGACAACUAUAAAUAUCAUAAAUCUUACGUACAAGGUUUCUGAUGUAAAGGCUCUUCUGAGCUCACAAAUCGGUUAAAAUGGAAAAUUCGCAACUUCUGAGAACUUCAGCCAUAAAAUUGUUAAUAUGAUAUUUAUGUUACUUUAAAAAUUUAAUAAAACAUAAUAUUUUAAAACUA